GUCGGGGGCGCGACGUGCGAGAGCGACCGAGCGCCGGCACUUACCAUAUCAUGUUAUAGUUGUUGUUGUUGCUGCUGCUCUUGUGAUAUCCGGCGUUCGUCUCCUCCUUGUUGUUGUUGUUGUUUCGCACGGACGUUACCUCACGGCUGAUUGUUGAAGUGACAUUGUUGUUGUUGUUGACUCCCUCGCCGGCCGGCAUUCCCUGCCUUCCCGGCCGCUGGCGGCCCGAGACUCUUGGUUGGGACUUCCCUUGCAGCCCCUGCAGCUGAACGCGCCCGCCGCCCCGGCCCCGCAGCCCGCGGCCCCCGCCCGCCAGCACCGCGAGCACCGCGAGCACCGCGCCGCCAUGGACCGCGCCGCGCGCUGCUGCGCGCCCACCGAGUGCCUGCGGGUGUUCACGGCCAACAACAACGGCAAGGACAGCGCGGUGGUGGACGACCUGCGCGAGGCGGUGCGCGUCAUCUGCAACAACGACGCCUGCCCCUACGGCCAGUACAUGCACCGCGAGUGCUUCGACCAGUUCGAGCAGGGCGUGCUCACGUACCUCAAGUCGUGCGGCCGGGCGCGCUCCUGGUCCGAGCGUCAGCGCCACCAGAACCUCUGGACCAAGAAGGGCUACGACCUGGCCUACAAGGCGUGCGGCUGCCGCUGCGGGCGCGGCCACCUGCGCAAGGACCUGGACUGGGUGGCGCCAGCGCAGCCCGCCAACGCUCGCGGCGGCGAGGAGGACUUUGGCGGCGCCGGCGGCAAGAAGAAGAAGCGCCGCAACAAGAACGCCAAGCCCGUCCUGUCGCUCACCAGCGGCGGCCACUACAACAAGAGCGACCCCAACAACAACACCGGCUUCGACAUCCGCGGGCGCGCGGGCUCCCUGUCGUCCGGCUCCACCGGCUCCUCGUCGCCGCCCGCCGUCGGCUGCCCCGGCGGCCUGCAGCCUCCGGGCGCCGGCCCCACCACCAGCACCAUGGGCGGGGCCUUCGGGGGCGCGCUGUUCCGCAGGAGGGGCCUCAACAAGAGCGAGUUCUUCUCCGACAGGUAA